AUCGGCCUGCUGAAGACGGCGCGGCUGCUGCGCCUGGUGCGGGUGGCCCGCAAGCUGGACCGCUACUCGGAGUACGGGGCGGCCGUCCUCUUCCUCCUGAUGUGCACCUUCGCGCUCAUCGCCCACUGGCUGGCCUGCAUCUGGUACGCCAUCGGCAACAUGGAGGGCAAGACCAUCGGCUGGCUCCACUCGCUCGGCGGUCAGAUCGGCAAGCCCUUCAACGCCACCACGCCGCACCUCGGCCCGACCAUCAAGGACAAGUACAUCACCGCCCUCUACUUCACCUUCAGCAGCCUCACCAGCGUCGGCUUCGGCAACGUCUCACCCAACACCAACCCGGAGAAGAUCUUCUCCAUCUGCGUUAUGCUCAUCGGCUCGCUGAUGUACGCCAGCAUUUUUGGGAACGUCUCGGCCAUCAUCCAACGGCUCUACUCUGGCACCGCCCGCUACCACACCCAGAUGCUGCGAGUGCGGGAGUUCAUCCGCUUCCACCAAAUCCCCAACCCGCUGCGCCAGCGCCUCGAAGAGUACUUCCAGCACGCCUGGUCGUACACCAACGGCAUCGACAUGAACGCGGUGAGG